AUGCCCGCUCUGUUUGUCGAAGCUUCUCGGUCGGACUACGGGAAUUUGCGCGCCGUCGGUGUCAGCGGCACCUAUUCGACUCCUCGGUUCCAGAAGGUGACGUCGCUACAAGCCCGAGUCCAGGGUGACAUGCCCCAGUGGAACGCCGACAAGCAGCGCUUCGUGUCCAAAUACUACUCCACCUUCGACCAGAAGUACCGCGCCGUGCUCGACACCGUCAACAUGGCCGCUGUCGAAGGUGCACUCAAGUACGUGCAGGCCGAGUGCAUCAACAAGCCCGUCAUCACCGACUGCAAGCGCAAGAACAACAUCAAGUACGUCGUGUUCUACCAGACGACGGUGGUGCAGCCCACCGCGUCCAUGGACUUCUACGCCAACGCCACCAACCAGUACGACUUCGCCAUCGAGCACUGCCCGUUCAUGGCCAUGGACGGCGGCCAGUGCGACCCCAACGCCGACGGAUCCUUCCCCGACGUGUGCAACCAGUACGUCGGCGCCAAUGGGCAACCGAACCUGGGCUUCUGUGUCGGUGGCUCGCUCCAAGACAACGAAGCCAUCGCGCCGUACCCGCACAACUACUGGUUCUCGUUCCCCAACAGUUGUCCGCAGAGUCGCUGGAGUGACAAGACCGACGCUUGUCGUGCCCAGUACGCUGGCGGCAUGUGCCCUCUCGGUGUUGAUCCUGACGGAGAGACUUGUACGUUUUCGUACGAGGUGCUUGGCUACAUCCCGCUGGACGACGUCGUCGGCAUCACGUCGAUGGUCAACUCGAACACCGGGAAGACCUACGCUGACUACGCCGAGUUCUGCAAUGCUGGCGGAGUGGAGUUGAAUGUUGAGGUUUCUGGUAGUCAGGUUAAGUGGAUCGAGGGCCUCAAGUUCUGGGCCAACCCUGGUGACAGCAACGCCAACGCCAAGCGCGCUGAGAAGCUCGUGUCUGCGUAUGGUAAGGUGGUCAAAUCGAAUCCGACGACAACGGAUGGCGGUGUGAUGAAGCCCCUGCCGACGAUCGAGUCGCUCACGGCCAGCAACCCUCCGUGCUACAAGAACAGCAAGGUUUGUGCCAAGGCGAAAUUCGGUUGCAAGCGCUCGUACCGCUCGCAGAUCUGCGAAGUCUGUACGUCGAUGAAAAAGGGCUGUGUGAAGGUGAAGAAGCACUAA